AUGGAAUCUGGAAGUAAUCUGCCCAAUUCGGGCACUUAUCCCGGAGGAGAUCGUCAGCAGUUCUGUGUCUCUUGGAAUUCCCAUCAGUCGAACAUGCAUAGUGCAUUUCCAAAGUUACUCAGUUCGGAGCAGUUUGUCGAUGUGACUCUGGCUUGUGACGGAGGUUCGAUAAAGUGUCACAAGGUUGUGUUGUCCGCUUGCAGCGAUUAUUUAGAGCGUCUUCUAUUGGAGAUCCCGUGCACUCAUCCUGUCAUCUUUUUGAGAGACAUGAAAAUGUGGGAGCUCCAAGCCUUGGUUGAAUUUAUGUAUCGUGGUGAGGUGUAUGUGGAGCAACAACAACUUGCUACAUUGAUGCAAGCAGCAGAAGUUUUGCAGGUUCGUGGCUUAUCCACUCAGGGAUGCGAUAACACGGUGAAUGAGAGCAAUACACAAUCGUGCGAUUCUAAUGCACCUGUCACUCCGUCAACUCCUACUCCCGGUGACAACUUCAAGGCGGAUACUUCAUCGAACGAUGAAAGUACCUCUGACUUUCUCUCAUGUACGGCAAUGGCUAGCACAGGAAACAAUUCUUCAUCUAUCACGCCUCCUGUUUCACAAAAUCCCAACUCCUCCAAUUUCGUAAACAUGGAACAUAGCGAAGCGCUGCAACAUUUAGAAAAAGCUCUUAGCGCUUGCGAAGCGACUCUUACGGAAACCACGGGUAUGGUAAAAAUGGAGCCGGAUGAGCAAUUUGUACAACAGCAGGAUGUCAAACCAUAUUCCAUUAGUAUGGUAUCCAGUAAUAAUUGCAAUCCUAGCAGCCCAUUCCCUGCAAUUGAAGGUUAUCAAAGACGACAAAGGCGUUCGGAAGAGGAACUCAAGCAAGCUUCGGACAUGGUGGCACGCGGUAUGACGUUUCAAGUAGCUUCGGAAAAGUAUAAGAUACCGAUCAGCACAAUUCGCUUCUACAUGGUCAGAAAGGGCAUUCUACAGAGGCGAAAACGCGGCCGCGGUUCCAGUAAUCUUGGUAUGAAUAGCCAACCGAGUAGUCCGGCCAGUCCACCGUAUCAUAUGAUGAAUUACCGUUUGCCAGAGAGCCUAAAUUCCAGCCUACCGUAGUGCUGUACAAAGAAGUAGUGAGUUUUUUUUAGAAUUCAGUUUUGAAUCAACAAACUUUUUAUCGCCGCAUCAUAGAGCUGUUCCAGACCAUCUCGUCGGUUUUUACACUUUUAGCUCCUUUACAUUGCGUUUAUAUUUUAUUUUCCUUUUUUUUUUAUUUUAUUUUCAGUUUACAUUGCCUUAUUCAUUCGUAGCAGCGCGUUCGCGUGCUGGUUUACAAGACUAUUAUGUUUCCAGCAUAUAACGUAUUUUUGCAUUUAUGCCAUUAUUGACCCAGUGUGCGUUCUGGAGAUGUAGUUUUGUGUCUCGAACAGCUCCACUCCAUGUAUAUAAAAGAAGAUACCAUAUGUAAAAG